AUGAAGACUAUCCUAGUUCUUGCCGCCCUGGUGGCGGUACUGUACGCCAAGUCGUUCACCAUGGAGACGCGUUCCUCAGGAUCACUCCGCGCUCGAUUGAUCGCUGCCAAUCUCUACCAGAAAUUCUUGGAAGAGGAGCACCUCCGCCGCUCUCAGGUCCUUGCCUCUGGAUCGCAGCCAUUCAUCGACUACGCUGAUGACUUCUAUCUCGGAAACGUCACUCUUGGAACUCCACCUCAAACCACCACUCUUGUGCUCGACACUGGAUCAUCCAACUUGUGGGUGAUCGACGCUGCCUGCAAAACUGCUGCUUGCAAUGGUGAACCAAACAGCGGCUACACCAAGCACAAGUUCGACACCACGAAGUCUACAACUUUCACCAAGGAAUCCCGCACCUUCUCCAUCCAGUAUGGAUCCGGAUCUUGCAACGGAUAUCUCGGCACUGACACCGUUUCAUUUGCAGGACUAACCAUCACGAAACAGGAAUUUGGUGUUGCCACCCACCUCGCCGAGGUGUUCGGAUACCAGCCAGUUGAUGGCAUCCUUGGUCUUGGAUGGCCUGCUCUAGCUGUGGAUAAGGUCACACCUCCCAUGCAAAACCUCCUCUCAACUCUGGAUCAGCCGCUGUUCACAGUUUGGAUGGACAGAAAGUUGACCAUCAGCAAUGGCGGAAACGCUGGUCUGAUUACUUAUGGAGCCAUCGACACCACAAACUGCCAAUCGCAGAUCAGUUACGUCCCUCUUUCCGCUGAGACUUACUGGCAGUUCCCCAUCCAAGGCUUCUCGAUCGGAUCCUAUUCGGAAACCAAGAAGGACCAGGUCAUCUCUGAUACUGGCACCUCGUGGAUCGGAGCACCAAACAACGUUGUCAGCGGUGUCGUUAAGCAAACUGGCGCCAAAUACGACUUCUCAAAUGAGCUCUACACUGUGGAUUGCUCUACAAUGAAGACUCAGCCUGAUUUGAUCUUCACCAUCAAUGGUGUCACGUACAACAUCCCAUCCGUAGAGUACGUGCUCGACCUUGGCCUCGGAAACGGAAAGUGCGCUCUGACCUUCUUCGGAAUGAAUUCUGGUGGUUUUGGACCGGCCUGGAUUCUUGGAGACACAUGGAUCCGCACCUACUGCAACAUUUACGACAUUGGUCAAAAACGAAUCGGUUUUGCCAAGGCUAACCACUCUGGACUCUAA